CGCGAAAUUAUCUAAUAUAUUUCAGUCUAUACGUGUUAUUAGAUAUAGAUUUGAUACAAUAUUGAAUUCACAGUGAAUUGAUCGAUCUUCCCAUCUGAAUUUUCAACAGUUUCUGGCAACUUAUCAGUUCUCAAAUCAUAAAACUGUCAAGUGUUUUAUUAUGAACUCUCUUGGUUGGAUAACAAGGAAAAACGAUGCAGUGAUCCAGAAUUGAAUGAAAAAUUAUGUUUUUUAAAGAUGCUAUAUUGCUUAUAAAUAGUAAUACCUAAAUUUUGUAAAUGAUCUCACAGUUUUAAGGAGUUGUGUUUGUGCGCAUGAUGAGGAUUGUCUAUCAGAAUUUUCUGUUGACUGCUUUCUGUAUAUUUUUGGAUUCAGCGGGAGCACAAAAUGAAAGAAUUGAAACAAAGGAGUUCUAUAGAGGAAAUGAAGAUAAAUAUGUCGAUAUUCUAUCGAAGCCCAAGUAUAAUGUUCCGAAUAGGCCAUUUGAUGGAGUUGUCGGUGAGAAAAAAGUGAAAGUAAAGCAGAAAUGUAAAGGAAAGGGUUGUCAAAAUGGAAAUGAUGAUACGGAUGAAGAUCUUCACUUCGGAAAGGAAGAAAAUGAUUGGAAAAAUAACCAUAAAAUGAAAAAUUAUGAAUAUGGCAGAGAAAGUAGAUCCGACAAAAAACAGCUCAAGUUUCACAGAGAACGAGACGGUGGGAAAACUUCCAAACACUUCCUCAAGAUGGAUGAUUUCGAACAGCAUUAUGACAAAGAAGAAGAUACUGGCAGAAGUUCGAAAAAACGAAUAAUCGAAAACGUAAUUGUUGUAAAGGAUAAGUUGGGUCACCUGAAAAAGAAAAUUGAAGAUAUUGAGAAACAACGAUUCAACUCAGAAGAAAGAAAUGAUUUCUUUAGAAAAAAUGAUAAAAUAAUACGUAGGAAAGUAACAAAAGGACGGAUAUAUCCAAAAUUAUCCAGAAAUGAAGAAGAUACGAAGAAUUCCUCUGAGGAAGAGAAACCUUUGGAAAAAGUCAAAUCUAAACUGAAAGAGAAGUAUGUGGAAAGUGAAGAAAAUACUCGGAAAGGUAAUCAAAAAUCCAAUUCCCGGAACCACAAAAAAUUGAGAAAUAUCCAUAGUAUUGAAAAAAAUGUCAACGUGGAGAAAAACACUGAUUCAGGAAGUGUUGAAGAUAUCAGUUUCGAAGAUAAAAGAACAUGUGAAAAAAUGGGAGGUAGGAGGCAAAAGAAGAACGAUAACUGCAAAAGUGAUGAAGACACUGAUGAAGAAGAACGUGAUUUUCAUACCAAAAAAUUCAAAUUCAGCAUUAAAUAUGCUCACGAGAAGAAGAAGUUAUCCCCUAACAGAGAUGAUCAUUUUGUGAAAAAGAUUCAUGGACUCGAUAAAAAAAAUCGUAG